AGUCAAAAAGGGGCUCCCUGGUGGGGAUUGGCUCAGGCUGGAAGACAGCAGGAUUUGUAAAGCAUGAGUAUCCAAGCAUGCUGGUGGGCAGCUCAGAGGAGAGGAACGUUUAGCAUCAAUUAGUAGGUUUCAGAUCAGUGGAAGGGAUCAGUAAUCUCCAGAGCUUCCAAGAAGAAUCCCCCCUCCCGACCGUCUCCUCCCCUACUACUGGGUUUCAGAUGUCCACCGCUGCUUGACCCCAGCAGUCUUGACUGACCACCAGAAACAUCCCACCUCUAGAGUGGAAUCAUUGACAUUUAUUCCGGCUUCCAUCCUUUUUACAUCAAGAGAAGUUUCUUCUUCAAAGCAAACUGCUCUUCCCAUGCUAAGAGAGAGGGUUUUUACAGCCUGGUCUGGAGGGAAGAGAGCAAAAGGAGGUGGAAUAGACACUAACUCAGACAUUUAGGGGGGUUGAAUAUGUUGUCAACUAUUCCUUUUUGGGCUCUGUACACUUUUUCAUGCUGCAGAGAGAGAGGAAGCAACUGCUGUGAGAGAAAGAGCAAAGAAUAGAACAGGGAACAAUACACUAGAUUUCGUUUCUAAGGAUAUCUGAGGACUAUGGGUCUGUAGAUGAGUUUUGUUACUGGAGUUAUGGAUGUUGGUGCAUUAUUCUGUACAUCAGAAAGUAGAGAAUUCCUGGAGAUACGAGACCACUCAUUUUACUCUAUAUACAUUUUUACCUUUUCAGUAUGUUUCUUUUCAUGAGGCAUUUUCUGAUGCCGACAGCCUCAGUACAAUGUGGAAAUGGAUACUGACAAAUGGUGCCUCAGGCUUUUCCCACCUGCCCUGCUCCUUGCUGCUCUUUUUCUUCGUAUCCACUUUGUCUGUCACCUGCAAUGACGCCAGGAGCAAGGACUCCCCAGAGGUCUCCUCUAACUCUUCUUCUGGGAGACAUGUGCGAAGCUACAACCACCUACAAGGAGAUGUGCGAUUUAGGAAACUCUUCUCCUUCAACAAAUACUUCCUCACCAUUAAUGAGAGUGGCAAGGUCAGCGGGACCAAAAAGAAUGACUGCCCAUACAGUAUAUUGGAGAUAGCAUCAGUGGACGUGGGUGUUGUGGCAGUGAAAGCCAUUAAGAGCAACCAUUACUUAGCCAUGAACAGAAAAGGAAAGAUUUAUGGAUCUAAAGAUUUUAAUAUUGAUUGCAAGCUAAAGGAGAGAAUAGAGGAAAACGGUUACAACACAUAUGCAUCACUUAAAUGGAAGAACAAUAAAAGACAAAUGUUUGUUGCCUUAAAUGGAAAAGGAGCACCAAAAAUUGGACCAAAAACAAGGAGAAGAAAUACAGCUGCUCACUUUCUUCCCAUCGUUGUAGAAGGGAUGUAAAGGAGAUGCGUUACGCUCUUGCAAAUCAUUUUCAUACAUCUUCCACCUCAGAUUUCCAUUUUUAUAGGAAACAGUGAGAAGUUCUAUUAGAUGGCAUAAGUAUUUUGGACCUUAAGGGGACUUUAAUUUGUUCUGUGUCAAUUACUGGCCAGAUGGUUAAGCAGCUACAGUCUGUGUGAAGAAUGUUUAUAUUUGUACGAUAUAAUUUCGAGGACAUAAGACAAUCAGACAAACUGAUCUUCUGGGAAUGUUAUUUAUGGAAUACUGACUCAAAUCAAAGACCUUCUUUACUCAUUCACGCCCAAGGAUCCAAUGAGUUGUUAGAUAUGCAAGAAUUUACUGGAAGCACUUGGGUCAAUUGCAAAAAGUAAAGGAUUUUUUUUUUUAAAAGAGGCAUCAUGAAGAAUAAAUAGGAGUAUAAAAUAUAAAUGUAUUGCAACUGUUCUAACAAAAUGAAUAUUAUGGUAUGCCUGUGUACUCUACCUUCAUCUCUUUCCUUGUAACUUAUUUAUUUAAUAGAAUGUUUAAUAUGUCUUCAAUGUUUGAGUUGUCUGUCUACAAUUCCAUAUUUGUUUUACUAUCAGUAUCAUAGAUAGUUGUUUCUGCUUCAACAUCAUUAUAUGUGACUGUUAAAAAAAAAUAAGAUUAACAUUUACAAUUAGAAAACAUUAUUUAUCAGACAUUCACACAGGUGUUUACUUCAUUCUAGACAGUAAGUCCAUAGUGUAUUAGUUUUUUUUUAAUCUUCACUAAUAAAGCAUAACAUUUAGGCGCAAGUGAUAUAGGUUUUAGGGAAUUUAAUUUGAUAAAUCUGUUUGUUAUAAAUGUCCAUAAAAUUUUAGUAAUGCCCUUAAAGAACUCCUUAACCUGUUCAUUAUAUAGUUAAGGAUUGAAAGCUCUUUAGAGAGUAAUCAGGCAUAAAUUAACAAUACUGCGGGUUGCAGAAAUAUAAGCAGGCAUACAAAUCAAUUGCAGAUAUAUUGCAUGCAAGGAUUGCACUGUGAUCAGCAGUAUUGCAGAUAAUGAAAUAAACAUGUUGGCCUACGUUCAAAACAAAGCGCAUUGCUGUUCAUCACAUUGGGCUGUUCCCAUCUAGGUUAAUGAAAGCUAUCUUUCAAUGUCAAUGUGGUGCAAGGCAAUGCAGAAGAUGAAUCAGUGCUAUUUUUUGUUAACAAAUAAAAUCCAGUGCUAUAUAUACUGCUUUAGCUCUACAUGAUUCAUUUUUCACCAAUAAUAUAAUGUAUCUACGUUGUGGAUAGUUCCUUAUUUGCUCCAUCAACAGUAAAAUUAAAGAUCAUAUAUACAGCUUCUGCUACUGUAUUCAUUUUAUAUAAGCUGCAUGUCUCAGAUGUAGAGAUAUGUCAUAUAACACAUUUUGCCUGCCUUAAAGACAGGGUAUAUUUUUUACUGUUAGAGGUUCUAUAAAUCCACUAUAUGAAUAACACAGAGGAUGCUAAUCCAGAGGUUUAUGUAUAAACUCAAAGGUGGUGCAAAUUUGAACAAUUUAAAAUUGCUACUAAUUCCAGUAGGUAUGUUUUUGAAUUGUUACAAUUGCUUAAAGGGCCAUGAUACACAAAUGUUGAAACACUUUAAAGUGAUGCAGCAUAGCUGCAAAAAGCUGACUAGAAAAUAUCACCUGAACAUCUCUAUGUAAAAAAGAAAGAUGUUUUACCUCAAAAUGUCCUCAAAAGUAUUCAAACCCCAUUGUAAAAGACCAUAAGCUGCAAAUCAGUAUGUCUGUCCUGGGACAGCCAAGGGAGUGAGCCUCGUGCCCACUCAUGUUAUUUCCCUAUUCAGUUAAAGGAAGUAUACUAUGAAACCUCAUGAGAGUUAAGUGAAAUCUCAUGAGAUCACAGUAAAAGAGUUCAUGACCUCCCUCAGCACUGCUGAUGCUGAUUGGCUGUAGUUCAUUUCUUCAUUUUUUAUUUUUUUUAUCAGCAGCUGAAUAUCAGCUGAAGUAUAACUUUCUACACAGGACUUACGCUGCUGAGCUGAGGAAAUUGUGAGGUAAAAUAUCUUCCUUUUUUACAUAGAGAUGCUCAUGUGAUAUUUUCCUGUCAGCUUUUUAUAGUUAUACUGCAAAAGUUUCAAGUGAUUUAGCAUAUGAGUAGUAUGUCCCUUUAAGUAUUUUGCACAAAGAAGCAUGUUACUUUUGAAUUUAUAUAUAACUUUUUUUUGAUAUAAGUGAGCUUUCUUUCCCAAUUUAUGGUAGCCAUUUGUAAAAUCCAUUUGCUCUAAUUUUAUAAAUAAAGGGAUAACAUGCUCACAAAAUUUAUAUAAUGUAUAUGAACGAGUAACAUGUUAAAAAUAUUUUUUUGGCAUGAAAAAAUCUUAAAGGGACAGUUCACUGUAAACUAGUUUUUCCCUGAAUGUGUUCCCCGUGAAAUGUAAUACCAGCCACAGUGUAUGAGAAAUUGCUCAUUUAUGCUUCUGUUUGCGAAAGAAAUAGCUGGAUUUGCUCUAUGAAACCACAGCCCAUCAAAAGAGGUUUGGCUUGCUGACAGAUAAGAUCUCAUUAACUUAUCACUCAAAUGCUUUCCUUUCUUAUCUCUGUCUCUGUUCAAUACUUAGAAAGAACAAUGGAAAAUUAUAAUUUUAGAGCUUUAUCUCUUCCACCUCCUACUGUGAGUGUAGUUUCUUCUGCUGGCUGUGUUUACAUAGUUUGUCAAAAGCCUGUACCUAGGUAUAGAAAUGUCAGUAUAGGUAGGGAUACUACAAGCUAAAUCAGCUAUUUUAAAUGCCAAUAUAAAGGCUAAGGAGCUAUUUGUAAACAAUUUAAAACACUCCAGCAGGUAAAAUGGAUAAUUGGGAACAAAUUAAAGGAGAGAAAGUUUUAUGGUAAACUGUCCCUUUAAGUAAAAAUUAUUUAAGUUUGAAGUGAAACUAACAAUAAAUGUGUUUAUCUCUCAAUGACUGGACAGGGACAACUCCCAAAGAAAAAGCUGGUUUAUUUAGCCCAGGAAUAAAAAAAAAAAAGUUCUGUGAUACAUUAUGAAAUACUCUGAUUUACAUGGAACAUAGAACAUUUUUGAGUAUCAUGUCCCUUUAAAGAGUUAAUAUGUUAAUAAUGGGACAUUAAACACACUUUUUUUUUAUUCAGGAAGAAAAUACAAUUUUAAUAAUUUUAUGAUCAAAUUUGCUUCAUUUUCUUUGUAUCCUUUGUUGAAGGAGCAGCAAAGCACUACUGGGAGCCAGUUGAAUACAUUGGAUGAGCCAAUCACAAGAGGCAUAUUUAUGCAACCACCAAUCAGCAGCUAUCUCCCAAUAAUGCAUUGCUUCCUUUGAGCCUACCUAGGUAUAGUUUUAAAAACAUAGGAUCCCAAGCAAAUUAAAUAACAGAAUCAAUUUGAAAAAUUGUUUAAAUCACAUGAUCUGAAUCUUGAUCGUUUUUUUUGUGUCCCUUUUAAAUAAGAUAUUUAAAAAAAAAAAAAAAAAAAAAAAACCCAGCAUGAACAACUGCAAAUUCAAACAAAAAUAAUAAUUUAUCCAUGAUUUGUAACAAAGAUGACACAUUUAUUCCAUCUAUGCUAAAAAUCUAAAUGUUAUGUGCUGCUUUAUUUUAUUUUAUAAUUAUGUUUGCCCUGAAAUAUAGAAUGCCUUGUAGGUGAGCUAAGAGAGAUAUUGCUGCUUUGAAUAUGUUUUAAAUUGAGGAAAUUCAAUAUUCUAACAAUCUCAAAUAUGUUGGUCAAUUCUUUUUUGUGUUCUUCUAGAGAACGUUUUCAAGUUCAUUUUAUGCAUAAUAACAUUCUUUUUGUUAGAGCAGAUAAAUUGAAACAGUUCAUCUAUUAUACAUACCACAGGCUUCACGUUGUAUUCCACUAAAUAAAAACAUAAGCCUACUAUGCCGUGUCCUAGCCAGAUAAAUGUAGUUUAAUAAUAUUAUUUUUAUUCAAAAACACUUUACGUGAUAACAUGAGAUUAUAUUGAUGCUGCAGUUUUAUUAAGUUCUUGUAAAAAAAAAAAAAAGUAUGUUUUAUUUUUAUUGUUUGGAAACUGUAUUUUGGUACAAAUGAGAGACUUACCAAUGUGUCUUUUUACUAAAAAAAAAAAGUUAACCCUUAGAAAUACUGAUCUCUUGUCGUCUUAUAAGUUAUUUGAGUCAAUGCUUUUUAUCAGCACUUCCAAUGUUAAUCUGUUAUUUAAAUAUUAGCUGUUGAAAAAGAGCUUUCCCAUAAACUGCAAAAUGGUUAGAUUUUGUUGUGUUCCUCAAUAAAGUUGAUUGGUAACAUUAAUUUCCUAUACCAUA